AUGACAACAGUUCCUCACGGAGGAAAAGACUCGAAAGUGAAAUGGAUUAGGCUUUCGGGCCGGGAAUGCUUGCGAGUACAACCUAUCGUGGUGGAGUUGUACAUACAGAGACAGACUACCAUGCACGUUGGCCAGACUCUUGGCAGCACUCCAAACACUGCGCACGUUCUAUCCCCCGGCUUUGGCCCAUGA